AUGGUCGCAUUCUACGGUCUCGAUGCGCGGGGAGCACCCGCUACGCACGCAGAAUUGCUCCUGGCUGACUCUCAAAGACUUGUUACAAGUCACAGGAGAGCGAUGGAAAAGCUGGAAAGAGACCAAGAGCUCGCUGCCAGGAAACGGGCGGCAAAAGUGCCCCCAUCUCUUGCUCUUGAAAGGAAAAGAAUUAAAAGAGAUUUCCAUGAGCCACAUGAAUACACCGACAUUUUGCUGUACGUAAGUCUGCCGACGGAUAUGGCGGCAGGCCUCUUUCUCCAAGGAGUCGACAUUCACUUUUGUCCAUCGGAUACCUUCACCAGGAAGGAGGGAUGCAAAGAUUGUCUUAAGGAUUACAAUCUAUGCGUCAGUGCUGGUGGACAACACAAGUCGUACCGGCGGAUAGCAUGCGAGGCGCUGGCGCUGCGGCGGAUGCUACUGGAUGACGAAAGGUAUGACAAGCACUUGGAGGAAAUGGAACCGUUUCGAACGGACCCUGUUGGAUACUUGCACGCUUUUGUCAAGGAACGGGAACAGCUGCAGACGGCGGUGAAGCGGAAGUACCUGUGGUUCUACGAGCUGACAACAGGAGUCUCCCAGAUCGUUACGCUGCAGUCAAUAAGAGGCGUCGGAAGCUGUAGGCUGUUUAGGGGUUCAGCGGCAGAUGUCUAG